AAACGAUUUCACGAAGUACAAGUUAUGAAAUUCUUGGGCCACUAUUUGAACAAUAUCCUUUUGAUAACGUAACUAACAAGGAUAAAUUGUGUGCAACCUACACUUUAAGCGCUUCCCAAAUAAGGAAA